AUGAAGUGUGAGGCAAGUGUCUCAGAGCUGGAAUUGGUUUUUGUUGCAGCUCGUGAUCCUUCUAGAGGACAACAAUCUCAAACUGAUUUGGAGAAACAAGGCAUAAGAGUCAUUUACCAGCAGCUUGACAUAUCAAAUUCCAAAAGCAUUCAGGAGUUCAAAAAUUUUCUUGUAAAGAAAUAUGGGGGCUUAGACGUCUUGGUGAAUAAUGCAGCUAUUUCCUACAAACCAGCAAGCACUGCUUCUUUGGCAGAGCAAGCUCGAGAAACAGUUUGUGUCAACUUCACUGGUACACUUAAUGUGUGCCGAGCUUUAUUUCCACUACUGAGACCUCAUGCUAGUAAUUUUGCUUCACUUUUGGCUUGUCAACAGUUGGCAGUUGUAAAGGGUUCUAGCCAGGAUUUUGGGAAGGAGUAUAGCAGUAUGGUCGUGGAACAUGAGUUUGGCACGUGGGCGUGGCAUCCGUUUGCUUUUGGUGUUCUGGCUGAAACUCAGUCUCUACAAAUCACACUGAGGCAGACAGAUAGUAAGGUAUAG